AUGCCCUUGUGGAAGGGACGAUCGCAUGCUCAAGACGAUCCUGCCAGAAAUGAUGCGAUGGUAAAUGUGCUGGAGAAAAGGUACGACGCAGAGUCGUAUCCGAAAUUCCGAUCUAUGCGGAAUGCCAUGCCCCGUCCACCUGAAGCUCGAGCUUACAGUACUUCGAACUUGGGAUCCCUGAUGACAGCCCGUUUCCAAUUCUCCACCGUGGGUGGCAAGAGAGUGAGGAUCCCUGAGGAAUGGAAGACUGCUACCGUGUCGGUGAGGAAUUGCUCGAGAAGGGGACAUCAUGAGCUGCUAUUGGGACCGGCCGAUGCUGUCGUCCGGAUAUUUGGUGUACGCGUGUCGGUCAUGUGGCGACUGGCGAGUGACCUGUCUACACUCGAGCUGUAG